UCUAUCUCUUCCCCCAGAAAUAAAAAUGACCACACCCCCCUUAAAAUCAAUCCGAACCUCGCCGGAAGUUUUUCUCACCUUUUCCGAUGGCCGUUCUCUUACACUCAAUCUCUGGAUUUUUUCAUGCCAAUUCGCCGACCAAGUUUCAAUCGAUCACAAAUACUAAUACGAUUAGUCCCGAUCCUAACGGACUUCCGAAAGCUAGAAACAACAGAAGAAGAAUUAGGGUUAAGGUUUGCUCGAGGAUCAAGGAUUUGGAGCCCUGGGUUUUAACUGAUGUUAAAGGGACGCGUAAUUCAGCGGCGACGUCGGUGAAGCCGAGUAAAGAGGAUGAGGAGAAGCAGAAUUAUUAUGUGAACACUGGACAUGCGAUUCGUACGCUUCGAGAGGAGUUCCCGGAGUUGUUUUAUAGAGAGCUCAGUUUUGAUAUAUACAGGGAGGAUAUUGUCUUUAAAGACCCACUGAACACGUUUUUUGGAAUAAAAAAUUACAAAUCGAUAUUUUGGGCAUUAAGAUUGAAUGGGAAGAUCUUGUUCAAAGCGUUAUGGGUUGACAUCAUAAGUGUAUGGCAACCAGUGGAAAGCACAAUCAUGAUUAGGUGGACAGUUUACGGGGUCCCACGGGUCCCAUGGGAGAAGCGUGGAAGAUUUGAUGGUACCUCAGAGUACAAGCUGGAUAAGCACGUCGCUUGGUUGCCCUUCAACCCCAAAGCCUACUUAUUUUGA